GUUAGCGUCUGCACGAGGUCAGGAACGCUCGUGUCUGGGGUAUAUAGAGAAGCCGAGAACCUCUCCUCGACACAGUGCGGUUCACUCCUUCGUGCCCAUCUCACCUCCACCUCCUCCAUUUACCGACAACAUGAGGGCUCUGGUUGUUCUAGCAGUUGUGGGCGCGUGCUCCGCGAUGCCAUUCAUCCCGGACGCACCAGAUGUGGCGGCUGAGAAAGCUCGUUUCUUCCAAGCUUACCAAGUUGCUCACGCCGCCAAUCUGCCAAGGGCUUCCCGACCAACCCAAGCCGCCUUUGUGCCCCACCAGGCCUUCAACCAGGCCCCAGUUCAGAUCCCUAAGUGGAUGGGCCCUCUUGCUUCUAACGUCCCUGCUGGUCUCCCCGGAUCCACUGCUUUUGUGGCCGAGACUCCCGAGGUGCAGGCUGCCAAGAACCACUUCCUGAACGCCUACAGCGCCCAGGUAGCCGCCACCAUCCCCGUCGGUCCCAGCACCUCUCACCAAUCUUUCUCUGCUCCUUCCCGCCCAGUCUUCCAAGCUGCUGCCCCUGCUCCUCGCCCCCAGCCCAAGUGGACUGGCCCCCUUGCCUCUAAGGUCCCCGCUGGUCUGCCUGGCUCUUCCGCCGUUCUGUCUGACACCGCUGAGGUUGCUGCCGCCAAGAACGCUUUCUUCCACACUUACAGCGCUCAGGUCGCAGCCACCGCGGGAGCGCCGCCCACCAGGUUCUUCUAAGCCGCACUGUGAUAAUUCCUUUCAAAUUUAGUGUAAUUCUUCUAUUUCUUCUAUGUCAAUAAAACACUAAUAGUA